AUGGCUGAACCUAUUGUGCAGACGAUCCAUAGGGAUCCUGCCCUCUUCUGGUGGAUCCUGCUUCCCAUCACGGUGGUCAUGGUUCUGACAGGUAUCCUCCGCCACUACGCGAUGACACUUCUGCAAUCGACCCCCAAGAAGCAAGACCUACCUAAGAUUCGGCAACAGCGGUCGCUGGCUCGCGGUCUGAGUCUGCGCCAGAACGCCAAUGUCAUCUCUCCCGCUGCCUUCUCUGCCAGGAAGGCAUACAUGGUGCAGGCGUACCAGGAGGGCAAGUUUCUAGCAGAGCCUGACAUGAGGGGCAAGCCUAGACCGAACCCUAUGAGCGACCCUGCGGCUAUGGAGGGUAUGAUGGGCAUGAUGAAGGGCAACAUGGCUAUGAUGAUUCCACAGACACUGAUCAUGGGAUGGAUCAAUGCAUUCUUCUCUGGCUUCGUUAUUAUGAAACUUCCCUUCCCGUUGACCCCGCAAUUCAAGUCGAUGCUCCAGUCUGGUGUAGGGACGCGCGAUUUGGAUGUGAGAUGGGUGUCCAGUCUGUCCUGGUACUUCCUCACCCUAUUUGGCCUGCAGCCGGUCUACAACUUCAUUCUCGGCAGCAACAAUGCCGCAAGCAACGUCUCACAACAGAUGGCCAUGCAGAAUCCUGGUGCAGGCAUGAUGGGACCUGAGCAGGAUCCGGAUAAGCUGUUCUUGGCAGAGGCCGAGAACCUCGAGGUCCUUGAGCACAGAUGGAUCCUCGAGGGCAUCGAAGAACGUCUGGUAGCAAAAUAUGCGGCGUAA